UUGUUUAUUUGGGGGGUUUGCCUCAUUCUCCAUAAGAGAAAAAUAGGGAAUGAAAAUGGAUAUGGUAAUGUGGCUGAAUUGGGAGAAUCUAGGCCUUACAAUCCGACACAAAUAGAGCCAAACACUGCGGCGUAUUUCUAGAACCAUCUCUGCUCUUCUCACAAUAAAACCCCAUAAACCCUUUCUUCCAAGCAAGGGUUUUUCCUUUUCCUUUUCACUUUCCAUUUCCACUCGAAAAGGAAAAAGCACAACGGAUAACAUAUCACAUAAACACACUCUUUCUCUCUUGCGUUGAUAACAAUGGCUCCUGUACUGAGCAGAAGCUUGGCCACUGCCUCUCUCGCCUCGCUCCCUUCUUCUUCCCCUUUGGCGAGGCCUUCCCUUCUCAGAAGCGCUUUUCUGCCGCCGCAAGUCGGUCGCGGAAACUGCUUCUCCGCCGCCGCGGGGUUGAAGUGGAAGCAGCGCGAGAGAAGGAGCAGGCUCGCCGUGCGAUGUGAGGCUGCGGUGGCGGAGAAAGAAGAGGCCUCUGGCGAGAAGUUUGAGUACCAAGCCGAGGUGAGUCGACUGUUGGAUUUGAUUGUUCACAGUCUGUAUAGCCAUAAGGAAGUUUUCCUACGUGAACUUGUGAGUAAUGCUAGCGAUGCUUUGGACAAGUUGAGAUUCUUAAGCGUGACUGAGCCUUCUUUGCUUGGAGAUGCUGGGGAUCUGGAGAUACGCAUCAAGCCUGAUCCUGAUAAUGGAACUAUCACUAUAACAGAUACUGGUAUUGGAAUGACCAAAGAAGAGCUCAUUGAUUGUCUUGGAACUAUUGCACAGAGUGGUACUUCAAAAUUUUUGAAGGCACUUAAGGAAAACAAGGAUCUAGGAGCAGAUAAUGGUUUGAUUGGUCAAUUUGGUGUUGGUUUCUACUCUGCUUUUCUUGUUGCUGAUAGGGUGGUUGUUUCUACAAAGAGCCCAAGAUCAGAUAAGCAAUAUGUGUGGGAAUCUGUAGCAGAUAGUAGCUCUUAUACGAUAAGGGAAGAAACUGAUCCUGAAAAGCUUCUGCGUCGUGGUACCCAGAUUACACUCUAUUUAAGAUCGGAUGACAAGUAUGAAUUCUCAGAGCCCACCAGGAUUCAGGGUUUGGUGAAAAAUUAUUCACAGUUUGUUUCAUUCCCCAUAUAUACUUGGCAAGAAAAAUCAAGAACUGUAGAGGUGGAAGAGGAGGAAGAGCCCAAAGAAGGCGAGGAACCACCACCAGAGGGUGAGAAAAAGAAAGUGAAAAAAUCUAAAACUGAAAAGUAUUGGGACUGGGAAUUAGCCAAUGAGACAAAGCCAAUAUGGAUGCGAAACCCAAAGGAAGUCCAAAAAGAUGAGUACAAUGAAUUCUACAAGAAGGCUUUUAAUGAAUUCUUAGAACCACUUGCAUAUACUCACUUCACUACAGAGGGUGAGGUUGAGUUCAGAAGUAUUCUGUAUGUUCCAGGAAUGGGACCUCUAAACAAUGAAGAAGUUGUGAACCCUAAAACAAAGAACAUACGCCUGUAUGUUAAGCGUGUUUUCAUCUCAGAUGAUUUUGAUGGGGAGCUGUUUCCACGUUACUUGAGCUUUGUGAAGGGUGUGGUUGAUUCAAAUGAUCUUCCACUCAAUGUUUCUCGUGAGAUCCUUCAAGAAAGUAGAAUUGUAAGAAUAAUGAGAAAGAGACUUGUCAGGAAGGCAUUUGAUAUGAUUCAAGACAUUGCUGAAAGUGAAAAUAAAGAGGACUACAAGAAAUUUUGGGAGAACUUUGGUAGGUUCAUGAAGUUAGGAUGCAUUGAAGACAGUGGAAAUCAUAAGCGCAUAACACCACUAUUGAGGUUUUACACUUCCAAAAGUGAGGAGGAAGUUAAAAGCCUAGAUGAUUAUGUUGAAAACAUGGGUGAAAACCAAAAGGCUAUCUUUUACCUAGCAUCUGAUAGCUUGAAAAGUGCAAAGACUGCUCCAUUUUUGGAGAAAUUGGUUCAAAAAGAUAUUGAGGUUCUUUAUUUGGUUGAACCUAUUGAUGAGGUUGCCAUUCAGAACCUACAGACAUACAAAGAAAAGAAAUUUGUUGAUAUUAGCAAGGAGGAUUUGGAAUUAGGUGAUGAAGAUGAGGUCAAGGAGCGGGAAAUCAAGCAAGAAUACAACCUACUUUGUGACUGGAUAAAACAACAGCUUGGUGACAAGGUGGCAAAAGUUCAAAUCUCUAAGCGCUUGAGCUCAUCUCCCUGUGUGCUUGUAUCUGGGAAGUUUGGUUGGUCUGCAAAUAUGGAGAGAUUAAUGAAGGCGCAAGCUCUUGGAGACACUUCAAGUUUGGAGUUCAUGAGAGGGAGGAGAAUAUUAGAAAUUAAUACAGAUCAUCCCAUUAUCAAGGACUUAAGUGCUGCCUGUAAGAAUGCACCUGACAGCAGUGAAGCCAAGAGAGCUGUUGACCUCUUAUAUGAUACAGCACUAAUUUCUAGUGGAUUUUCUCCGGAUAGCCCUGCUGAAUUGGGAAAUAAGAUUUAUGAAAUGAUGGCCUUGGCCGUCGGAGGAAGAUGGGGCAGAUCGGAAGAGGAGGGAGAUGCAUCUCCAUCUGUUGAAGCUGAUUCAAGCACAGGUGAAGAAGCUACAGAGCCAGAAGUCUAUGAACCUUCUGAAGUCAUAGCAGAAAAUGAUCCUUGGACAACUGAUUAGGCGUGCAAUGCCCUCGGCAUAAAUUUAAAUAUUUGGCAUUAUAGGACAUAAUGCAUACAAAGUUGAGAAAGGAAAGGGAGACUGAAUUUUCUUAUGAUUUCGUGCUACUGAAGAAAAUUUGUCAGAUCAAUAUAGAAUUGUGAGUGCCUUAAGAGGCAAUCCUCUGGGGGCCCUUCCAAAUGAAAUUCAGAUCUAGUGUUCGUAGGUGGGCAAAUUUUUGUUACUCCAUAGUCGUGUCAUUGUAUCAUUUUUUUAAGGUCUUGAAUCUUUCAUGUGGCUGAGAUGACACGAUCUCUCUUAUUCUCCCUUGUCAUGGAUCACAAUUCAAGUUGAAGUAACCUUUUGCAUCGAGUUACUGCCGCU